AUGACCGAGUGGACGCUGCUGAAGCGGCUCCUUGAUGCCGUUCACCAGCAUUCGACCCUGAUUGGCCGGAUCUGGCUGACGGUAAUGGCAAUUUUUCGGUUGCUGGUGGUUGCUGUGGCGGCAGAAGAUGUGUACGCGGAUGAACGUACCAUGUUUGUGUGUGACACGCUGCAGCCGGGCUGUUCCAAUGUGUGCUACGAUGCCUUUGCUCCAAUCUCUCAGCCACGCUUCUGGGUCUUCCAUAUUGUUGCUGUGUCAACGCCGUCACUCUUCUUCAUUCUGUACACCUGGCAUAACCUUUCCAAAAUGGCACCUGGACAAAACACAGAUGAGUGUGUACGGAGCUGUAAUUCUGAAAGCUGCUCCAUCACCUCUCAUCACCACCCAAGAGACAAGGUGGUCGAUGUUCUGGAAAAAAGCAUCUGUGUUUCCCUAAAUCACAGCGCUCUUAUCCAUAAACAUGUCUCACUAACAAGAGGUUCCUCAGGUGUCCUUUCCAAAGCCUACGUGCUCCACGUGUGUUUUCGUGCUGCAUUGGAGCUGGCAUUCCUUUCCCUUCAGUGGCUGAUGUUCGGGUUCCGCGUCCCAGUUCGUUUCACAUGUGCCGUCCGUCCUUGUCCUCAACGCGUGGACUGCUACGUUUCACGUCCCACAGAGAAGAGUAUCUUCCUCAUCUUUAUGUUCUGUGUGGGUGUCUUCUGCAUCUUGCUAAACUUCCUGGAGCUCAAUCAUCUCGGCUGGAAGAAGAUCAGAAGAUCAAUGAAGGUAAAGGAAGGAUGGAGGAGCAGUAAUUAUGGAGCCAUAAAUGACAACAGGCGCUCUGGGACGAACAGUACGACGUCUCUGCCUACACUGGAGCUGCUUGUGGAGAAUCAGCCUGAGUGGACAUGCGCAGGAAAUGAGUGCUGCUCACCCUUAAAACACGAGAAAGAAAAGCCUAAAAAGUCACAGCAGAAAGAGCGACACAAUGCAGCACAAGUGAUUUCGGGAAAAACACAAUCACAUAAAGGAAAAGUGUCCAAACGAAGUGCUGAAAUCUGGAUAUAA